GGGAGGGGUUGUUCUAGACCACGCCCCUUCCUUGUCGCGCGGAAAGAGAACCAAAAUGGAGGAGUAAUAAUCAUGAUUAAAUUGAGCGAGCGCAACUAAUCACGCGAAGAGGGUCGCGGGAGGGCCGCCUUCCGCAAGCGUGCUUCGAGGCCUCCGCUUCCCACCUAUUCGGCAGGGCCCUGUUGUUUCUGCGCCUGCGCGCUGCUUCCCGCGAGCUCUCUGGCAGAACGAACACGCACAGAAUCGCAGGGGCGCGCAAAGGGGGAGGAGCGGGCGUGAUCAGGCGCGCGCGCGUCUGGAGUGACUCUAGAGAGCAGGAGCAGAUCCGGGGUAGAGGGAAGAGAGCUCCGGGUCAGGGGUUGCUGCAGCCGCCGCCGUCCGGGAGUCAGCCCGCCAGCCCGCCAGCCAGCGCUUCGCGGGCCCUGCCGUUCACGAUCAGAUCAAACAUUGUCUGGCUUGCACUGUAAAACUAGUUAGCUGAAGACGACUUCUCAGGUUUCUUCAGGAUGCCUGCAGCACUUGUGGAGAAUAGCCAGGUUAUCUGUGAAGUAUGGGCCAGUAAUCUAGAAGAAGAGAUGAGGAAGAUCCGAGAAAUCGUGCUCAGUUACAGUUAUAUUGCCAUGGACACAGAAUUUCCAGGUGUUGUGGUGCGACCAAUUGGUGAAUUUCGUAGUUCCAUAGAUUACCAGUAUCAGCUUCUGCGGUGCAAUGUUGACCUUUUAAAAAUUAUCCAGCUGGGCCUUACAUUCACAAAUGAGAAGGGAGAAUAUCCUUCUGGAAUCAAUACUUGGCAGUUCAAUUUCAAAUUUAACCUUACAGAGGACAUGUACUCCCAGGAUUCCAUAGAUCUCCUUGCUAACUCAGGACUACAGUUUCAGAAGCAUGAAGAGGAAGGGAUUGACACACUGCACUUUGCAGAACUGCUUAUGACGUCAGGAGUGGUUCUCUGUGACAAUGUCAAAUGGCUUUCAUUUCAUAGUGGCUAUGAUUUUGGCUAUAUGGUAAAGCUGCUUACAGAUUCUCGUUUGCCAGAAGAGGAACAUGAAUUCUUUCAUAUUCUGAACCUUUUCUUCCCAUCCAUUUAUGAUGUGAAAUACCUGAUGAAGAGUUGCAAAAAUCUUAAGGGAGGUCUUCAGGAAGUUGCUGAUCAGUUGGAUUUGCAGAGGAUUGGAAGGCAGCACCAGGCAGGCUCAGACUCACUGCUGACAGGAAUGGCUUUCUUUAGGAUGAAAGAGUUGUUUUUUGAGGACAGCAUUGAUGAUGCCAAGUACUGUGGACGGCUCUAUGGCUUAGGCACAGGAGUGGCCCAGAAGCAGAAUGAGGAUGUGGACUCUGCCCAGGAGAAGAUGAGCAUCCUUGCGAUUAUCAACAACAUGCAGCAGUGAUGGCGCCAGGCUCUGCAGGUUGGGCCUGAUCCCAGAGUGGUGCUUACUGUGCUGACUGUGUACUUAUCUUCCCCAAGAGAAAAUGCUUCUUUUGAGCAAACUGUACCUACCAUCUGCAUUGAGCAGAAAGACUUUUGUUUUACUGAAGACAAAAGAUGUCUUUAUUUUAGACCCAGAAGAGAGGAGUUUGCUCUGAAUUUGUAAAUAAGUCUUCCCCAUUCCUCAUCCCCGAGCCUCUCCUCUCUGGUUGCCUCCUGCCACCAGCAUCCAUGGCUCAUUUGACACCUUUUUAAAUAUCCAGGACAAGUCUGAAACAAACUAGUAAAAUGUAUAUAACUCUUACCUGUUAUCAUUCUUUUUCUUUUAAAUUUGUUGCUAAUCUCUGAUAUUGAAGAUUCUUACUCUGAUUCUCAGCUGAGCUGUGAGGGCUUCCAGGGAAAAUGGAACAAAAUGGUGUUCUUAUGUAAUGGGUUAUAAAUACUGAGUCUUCCUUUCCUUUUCUGACCCUUCUCGAGGACAUUUGCUUUCCUCACACUUUUGUAGUCUUUCUUUACAUAUUAUUAUAUGGAAAUGAAUUGCUCUGUGCUGAAAUUUGAAGACCAGAUAAUGAAACUUAAAAGCAAACAAUUUUACUGAAUCUGUGUACCCUUCAUUCAUGAGAACUCCAGAGUGAGUGUUGACCACGGAAGCAUCUUUUAAGUCUGUGUUCCAUUGUGCCACUCAGGUUUGCCGUCACAUACGUAUCAUCUGAAAUCAUUUGAAAUUUUUGUACAAUAAAUAUCCUGGAUUUGAUCCCAAAUGAAACUAGUAAGAUCAGAUUUUUGGGUCAUGUCUGUUGUAUUUUCAAUAAUGUGAUUUCAGAUAGUCAUCUGGAUUCUCCCACUUCUCUAUUUUCUCUACUUUUCCUUCCAGCAAACCUGAAACGUUAGGGAGAUGGAUUAAUGUGAGUACCAGGAAUGUCUUUAAAAACCUAGAGUGGUUACGUUUAAUCAGGCAGUAAGAUAAUUUGGGUUCUUGAGUUGUUUUGGAGUAAUAUCCCACAACUGGGGUAGGAAGCUCAGGACUUUUUUUUUUUUUUUUAAAGCUAGUCGUUUCAAAAGUAUAUUGUAUUUUUUUGAAUGACCACAGUAUGGACAAUUUCAAAAACCAAAACCCCCUUUGGAUUGGUGGAAAUAAAAACUGGUAACUCACUAAGGUGAAUGAAUGGUCUUGCAUUUUAAAAGCUUAUGGGAAACAAUUUGAAAUGAUUAAAAAAUGUCAAGUAUUAUAAGCUGGUAUUUAAGAUGCUUGUAAAUACUAUUUAUGUUUUUAAUUUUGUAAAAUAAAGAUUUCUUUUUAACCACUGGCA